GUACUUUGUAGUUACUUUCUUGUGUUGUAAUAUGGAAUCUCCCUUAUUACGUCACAACUAAAAUGGCAGCGUCCUGUGUUUCCAAAUUUACUCCAGGAAGAAAAGCAUCAAAUUUGGCUUAUUUGGUUCUGAAAAGAGAUGUUCACCAAACAAUUUCCAAAAAGAGUGUGACAGAGCAGGUGUCAAAGCCAGAUGGUAAACAUGCUGUGACAUUAGUACCAGGGGACGGUGUCGGCCCAGAAAUCAUGGCCAGUAUGCAGGAAGUUUUCAAAACUGCAGGGGCUCCUGUGGAAUUUGAAGAAUACUUUCUGAGCGAGGUGCAUUCCUCACAAAGUGCUAGUUAUGAGACAGUAUUGGAAUCAUUUAAACGGAAUGGAGUAGGGCUCAAAGGUAUCAUAUCGUCACCACAUACAUUCAAAGGAACAGAGCUACAAACUCUUAAUAUGAAAAUUAGGAGAGAUCUAGAUCUAUAUGCUAAUGUUGUAUUAGUAAAAAGUUUACCAGGGUACCAAACAAGACACAAUAACCUUGACUUUGUUAUCAUAAGAGAGCAAACUGAAGGUGAAUACAGUGCAUUGGAGCAUGAGAGUGUUCCAGGAGUUGUAGAAUCUCUAAAGAUAAUUACUCGUGCUAAGUCUAAAAGAAUAGCCAAAUUUGCAUUUGAUUAUGCCCUCAGACACGACAGGAAGAAGGUCACAGCUGUGCAUAAAGCAAACAUCAUGAAACUUGCUGAUGGUUUAUUCCUAAAGUCUUGUGAAGAAGUGGCACAGUAUUAUCCUUCUAUAAAGUUUGAUACUAUGAUUAUAGACAACUGUUGUAUGCAGUUAGUAUCAAAUCCCCAUCAGUUUGAUGUUAUGGUUAUGCCCAACUUGUAUGGUAACAUUAUAGAUAACCUGGCAGCUGGUCUUGUAGGUGGAGCGGGAGUCGUGCCCGGAGAAAGCUAUAGUGACGAUACUGCAAUAUUUGAACAGGGAGCCAGACAUUCAUUUGCAACAGCUGUAGGGAAGAACAUAGCUAAUCCAACAGCUGUGUUGUUUGCAGGCUGUAAUAUGUUACGACAUUUAUGUUUGGACUAUCAUGCGAAGCUUAUUGAAGAUGCUGUCCAGAAAGUAGUAAAAGCUGGAAAGGUGAGGACACAUGAUAUGGGAGGAUAUGCUACCACAGCAGAGUUCACCAACGCUGUAGUCAACUCCUUAUAAUUAAAGCAUGAAUCAUCUGGUUACAAAAAAUCGUAUAUUACAAGUGCUAUAAUGUUGAGAGCAAAAUAAAAAUGAAAUAUUAUAGAAGAGCUGUUUGAUGAACCAAUGCGAUAUUCUAUAAAGCGGGGGAACAAGCAUUUGAUAUGGUAGGGAUAUUGAUGGAAAAGAUCGGACAUUAUCAAUUGAGAAAUAUGAUAUUAUUUGUAUAUUUAUAAAAGAACUUUUUCACAAUAUAGAAAUAAAUACCUGUCACAAGCUAUACAAUCCUGAGACAGUAUGUUUAAUAGAAGGCAAAGUACUUACAUGUUUCUGAUAUUCUUUUACGUAAGAAAUACAGUGAUUUUCUUUGAAGUAUUGGUACUUUUUUUUUAGAAUAUAGGUAAAUUAGAGCAUCAUCUUUAAUCAUUCAAACCAACUGUGUACAUGUUGUAAUUGUGUUCAAUAUUUUAUAUUUAUUAGUACACUGCCUGCUUAGUAUCUUUAUUGAUGAAUUUGUAUUUUAAAAGGAACCUUAAUUGAUAAAUAAGUAUUUUAAAAGGGAAUCUUUCUUUAUAAAUAAGUAAUUUAAACAGAACUUUUAUUGAUAUAUAAUGAGCUUUAAAUGGGGAAUUCUAGUGAUAAAUGAGUAUAUUAAUGAACUUUAACGGGAAACCUUUAGUGAUAAAUGAGUAUUUAUUAUUGAAUCCCUGUCACUGUGAAUAUAGAACUAAACAUUUUCAUAUCAAUCAACAUGUUCUUACACAUUUCAUUUUGAUGAAAAAUUCGUAAGAAAAUGUAAUUUUAGACCCAAUUGUAAUGACCAUUUUCACUGUUGUUAUGUUUAAAUAGGAGCAUCUUUUUUUUUUUUUUUUUUUUUGGGGGGGGGGGGGGUGUUAUUGGCACUUGAAUGUGUGAAGGAUGAUACCAAUUUUACCAUUUUGUCAACAUGUUGCAAUAAUGUCAUAUAUGCUUUCUUUAGAUCUGUGUUUUUGUUAAGCGUUGUUAUUUAUUUUAGAAAUAAAAAAAGUUUUUAGUUA